AUGUAUCUAUCUAUACCCUUUCAUAUCUAUUUAUCUACCUCAAUCUAUUCUUUAUCUAUCUAUCUAUCCAUCUAUGCUUCUUCGUAUCUAUCUAUCUAUCUAUCUAUCUAUCUGUUUGUCUCUCUCCCUUUCUGUCUUCUAUUCAUAUCUAUCUAUCUAUCUAUCUAUCUAUCUAUCUAUCUAUCUAUCUAUCUUAUUCUGUUCAUAUCUAUCUAUCUAUCUAUCUAUCUAUCUAUCUAUCUAUCUAUCUAUCUUAAUAUGUUUAUAAAAAAUAUCUAUCCAACUAUCUGUUCUUUUCAUAUCUAUCUAUCUAUCUAUCUAUCUAUCUAUCUAUCUAUCUAUCUAUCUCAUCGUAAUAUCUAUAUGUUCAUCUCUAUUUCUGUCUAUUCAUAUCUAUCUAUCUAUCUAUCUAUCUAUCUGUCACAGUUUCUAUCUAUCUAUUUAUCUAUCUACGCUGUUCAUAUCUAUCUCAAUAUGUUCUAUUCAUAUUUAUUUCAGUCUGUUCCUAUAUAUCUAUAUCAAUAUGUUCCUAUGUAUGUAUGUACAUACGUAUGUAUGUAUGUUAUGUAUCUAUCUCAUUUCAUUCACAUCUAUCUAUCUAUCUAUCUAUCUAUCUCGUUUCAUUCACAUCUAUCUAUCUAUCUACACCUGUUCAUAUCUAUCACAGUCUGUUCUCUUUAUAUCUAUUUCAGUCUGUUCCUAUCUAUCUAUCUGUCUAUCUAUCUAUCUAUCUAUCUAUCUAUGUUAAUAUUUAUCUAUCCCCUGCUGCUUACGUAUGUAAGGUGGUUCAUGGAGAGUUGUUUUACCCAAGGCUUACUCAAUCACUCCCUCAUCCAGAGUUGGAACAGAUCACAAGAUGGCUAUUCGGUUCCUUUCCCAAAGGAACUGCAGCAAAAUUGUAUUGUGUACAUGCGUUCAAAUUCGGUUCGUCGAUCUCCUUUGCGGCGCUGA